CGACAGAGGCUCCGACAGCAUGAUGGAGACGUUAGAUAAGUUCGGCCUCGCGCACUGCGACCUGCCGACCAUGAUGUGGAACGUCGCUGUGAUGCUGCGAGUCGUGGCGGUGAAGAUCGAGAGCAGCGCCAAAUCAAUCCCGAUCUUCUUCUAUAUUCUGGCGACGGUAUUCAUAGUGUUAUACUUCUUCAACUAUUACGCGUCCAUGCUCGUCUUCAUGUUCGUGGGCUGCCGGGAGACGGGCGACAUCCUGGCCGGCAUCAUGGUGCUGUCCGUCAGCAUGAACAGCUUGAUUGGCAUCAACAAGCUGAUGUGCAUGUACAUACAUCAGGACAAAGUGCAAUCAUUAGUGACUGACUACAUAGCCUAUGACCGCAUGCCCCUUUGGCCAGGCACCACUGCCCUAAUGGCCGACCUCAUGAGGAGUGUUAGGAAGAGAAUGAUAUUGUUCUGGACUGUCACGAUGGGCAACGUUUUCAUCUUUAAUUUGCAGCCACUUGUGAAGUUGUCGAGCCUUAAUAAUUUGUAUGACAAACAUGUGGUGUACGGUUUGAAAUUUAUCCUGGGCAUAACAAACUACCCGAUCACUAUAGUCAUCAUAGUUAUCUCUACUUUCUUCAUCGGCUACAUAACCUCAAGCAUCGGCGGUCUCCUCAUCGUAACCACUGGUUAUAGUGAAGUAAGAUUGCUGGCUCUCAGCCAAGAGAUGCGAAAUCUCUGGAGCGAUGCGCAUAAACACUACAGUGAGAAUUUUGAAGGGGAUAGUGAAGAUAAAAAAGCAGCAAAAUUGAAUAAUUAUGUUAAAUAUCGUUUGCAAGUCAUAGUUAAAAGCCACGCGACUAAUAUUGAUCUUAUAAAGAAGCUUGAAGUUAUUUUCCGUAAUGCGAUUGCAGUAGAAUUUAUUUUGCUUACGGCAGGCCUUAGUAUCGAUCUCCUAGCAGGUUUAGAAGUCACUUAUUUAAUCGUACCUUUUUCAAUGAUGCAAGUCGGUAUGGACUGCUAUUUGGGGCAAAAGUUGAUGGAUGCUUGCAAAUGUUUCGAGGACGCUAUCUAUGAUAGUAAGUGGGAGAAUUUCGAUGUUAAAAAUAGAAAGACGGUGAUGUUGAUGGUGAGGAUGUCACAGAGAACGCUCUCGUUAUCGGCUGGUGGUGUGGCCACGCUCAGUUUCGAGUGUUUAAUGGUCAUAUAUAAAACUGUGUAUUCCGCUUAUACAGCUUUACGAUCAACGAUGGAGUAAAUGAA